GAGAGAGAGAGUGAGUUGCGUAUCCCUCCAUCUGCGCGCCACACGAUCACUGAGCACAGAGAAGGUUGAACAAGCAACUCCUACCGCGCACCAAGAGUGAAGGCGUCCUUUUUUCUUCAUUCCCGACGGAGGAGGAUUAAAACUUCCCGUUAUGUGUUGUUUCUCCUCCAAGUAACGAUACCAGUGCGCAGGUCGACUCCCAUCCCGCAAGAACUGCUUUUUUCCCCCACAUUUGAGCACAGAUUAAUAUGCUCUUCAUCCAUUUAAUUCACAGCAUUGCGCCUUCCCUCAGAAACCAUGGGUUCUGUGAUGUUGGACUGGAGGUUUUCAUGUGUUCUGGUGCAGGCAGCUGUUUGGCUGCUGCUCAGCAAGGGGGAGAGGACGUGCCCUGCAAGUUGUCGCUGCGAAGGCAAGCUCGUCUACUGCGAAUCUGGCAUUUUCCGAGACAUCCCAGAAAACAUCACCACAGGAUGCCAAGGUCUCUCCCUGCGUUAUAACAACCUGCUGCUUCUGACGCCAUACCAGUUUGCACAUCUCAAUCAGCUUGUCUGGCUCUACCUGGACCACAAUUCCAUCAGUGCUGUGGAUGUUUUAGCCUUCCACGGCGUCAGGAGGCUCAAAGAACUCAUUCUCAGCUCUAACAAGAUAACCGUCCUGCAGAACAACACAUUCAGUGCCAUCCCAAACCUGCGAAAUCUGGAUUUAUCCUACAACAAGCUUCAGUCCCUGCAGCCAGGACAUUUGUUUGGCCUGCGCAAGCUCCAGAAUCUACACCUUCGAUCUAAUGGAUUGAAGCAAAUUGUUGUCCGUACCUUUCUGGAAUGCCGUAGCCUGGAGUUCCUGGAUUUGGGUUACAACCGCCUGCGGAGCCUCACCCGAACAACCUUUUUAGGACUCUUUAGGCUGAAAGAGCUUCAUUUGGAGCACAAUCAAUUUUCAAGGAUUAAUUUCUACAUUUUCCCACGCCUCACCAAUCUGCAGGCUCUUUAUUUGCAAUGGAACCGCAUCCGAGCCAUCAGUCAAGGCGUACCGUGGACCUGGCUUAAAUUGCAGAAACUGGACCUUUCAGGGAAUGACAUCCAAACAUUGGACCCCAUGGUUUUCCAGUCCAUGCCAAACUUACAAACGCUCAAUCUGGAAUCCAACAAACUGAGGAGCGUGCCCGUGGAAGCCGUGGCAGCGUGGUCUUCAGUGUCCACCAUCAGCCUGGCUGGGAACUCCUGGGACUGUAGGCCGAGCAUCUGCCCGCUUAUGGGAUGGCUUAGAACUUUGAGGGAUGCCAAGGACAUAAGCAUGAUAUGCAGCAGUCCCAAAUCUGUGCAAGGAGAGAGGGUUGUGGAUGUAGUGGCCAACCACUCCACCUGUGUGGACAUGUCUCAUGUGUUUUCCACAACUGCUCUUGUUAUAUUGACUUCAACCCCCUUUGAAAAGAACAGACCUCACCUUCCCCUCCCGGGUGUCACCCAACUGUCCCAUAGUGAGCCACCAGUGCAGACGUCACCACCUUCAGCCUUCUGGCCUAAUAAGACAGACAUAGAGACAGUAAAACCCACAACCACGAGCUCCUCAUCACCGCCCUCUCCGGAACCUUCUACCUCGUCCUUCCCUGAGAUACCAUUUGAGCAUAUGGCUUUCCAUAAAAUCAUUGCAGGCAGCGUAGCCCUCUUUUUGUCAGUAUCAUUGAUCCUCCUGGUUAUUUAUGUCUCAUGGAGGCACUACCCUAACACCAUGAAGCAGUUGCAGGAGCACUCUGUCAAACAUAAGCGCAGGAAAAAAGGCCGGAAGCAGGAGCAGGACCUUAAUUCUCAGUUGCAAGAGUACUAUCUGAGCUACCAUUCAAACUCUGAGACCAUGGAUUCGCUGGUGAACGAGACAAGACCGUGCACAUGCACUAUAUCAGGAUCAAUAGAAUGUGAAGUAUGAGAGCUCUGCUCCUGGGACUAGAUGUGACAGCUUUUUCAUUAGAUAAGUGAUUUUAUAAGAAACGGCUUCAUGGGAUGGUCCACUGCACUGACAGAAGUGUUUGCGUCAAAUAUAGUGUAACUAUGUGGACAGAGCAAGGAGAUAUUUUAGGAAAGACCUCAUUAGCGCCAUGACUGACAUGAGAGCAGUGGCAGUGUCAGCCAGGUUACCUGUGGAUGACCCAAACUGACCAGAAGUCAGCUCUGUACAUAGCUUGACCCUUUGUUAAUCACCUGUAUCAUUAUAACACAUGUAAACCAACAGAGACAUUUUUUACUACUUACAUUGUGUUACUUACUUAACCUGUAAAGUAUUUACUGUGUGGGUGCAUCGUUGAGAGUAGAAAUAUGUACAGUGUGUGUAUGUGCGUGUGUGUGUUUGGGAAGGGAGGGGGGCAGAGCGCGUGUGCCAAGCGGAUGAGUUAAUAAUUUGAAGAAUUACAGGCUGAUAACAAUUGGCACGGUUAUUCUUUUAAAUAUUUCUCAUACUAGUGCAACUUUUACCAGCAUCAUUAUCAUAUCAAUUUGGGAAACAAACAUGUGUCGCUCUUGCAUGGUCUCACCCACUUUAUGAAUGAUUCCCAUUCUGUCUUACUUAGAUUGUUUGUUUUAAAUCUGCAUUUUCAAUCACUCUGGGUUUGAAUAAAAGCUCAGACUGUAAGUUUUAAAAAAAAAUUACAUAUGGUCGUUAACCAACACAUUACGAUCACUUGCACAAUCUAAGACCUAAGCUCCAAUACAAGAGCUGUCUCUUUAAAAUGAUAAUAUUGCAUAGUAUUGAUAAACACUGUUAAUUAACAAUAUGUAUAUAUAUGGAGAGAGUAACAGUAUGAGAAACGGUAAAUUAUAACUACAAUAAUGCACAUAUUGUGAAAUCAAUAGUGUUUCCCACAAGACUGCGGUCCAUUCCUGACAUCUUAAUUGCAUAAUUGGCCAUGUCGCAUGUGCAUGUAAUAUUUAUGAAUGCUAUAGGAGACAACAAGUGAGAACAAAACAUGAAAAGCAGAACAAAUGUUUAGAAAUACAAAUUCACUUUUUCUUUCACUUCUUUUUAAUGUCACAAGCAAGAUGGAGCCACCUGUGAGUCUCCAAAAGUGUCCAAUAAGACCCGAAAAAGUCACCAGGUUUGUCUCUAAAUAUAGCGACACUGAUCCCUCCUGCUACAUCUUCUUAUUCCCUGGCAGAGCAGGUGCGUAUGAGGUGUGGUAAGACGCAGAGUUACAAUGACGAUCUACUGUACUGAGUUGGAACCACAAGCUAUAUAGACAGUUCCAUUAUAAUGUGCUUAUGAGGAAGGACGUGUCAAGUGUGCACUAUAACGCUGCAUUCAAACAUGAGCAUUGUCAUCUUUGAAAAAAAGACACAUAAAGAUACAAUUCUUGCGUUCAUGUGCAAGUGAUCCUAAUGUUUUGGUGUAUUUGUCAUGCUAUUGAUAAUACUGAGCUUCCUUUUCUUAUACUUAUACAUCAUUUGUGUAAAGACGUAACAAAUGUGGUUACUAGGCAUUGUGUGUGAUGAUAACUUUGAAAUUUAAAAAAAGUGCUGAUGAUGAAAAUGUUUACUGGUGACAAUAUUGAUUUUGUAAAGGAAAGGAAAUAGCCUCAAAUUUUGCACUUGCAUUUAACGGGACGGCUACAUCUGUCCCCUCCUGGCUGUAAUAUCAUUGAUAAGAGUAUCAAUGAAAUGUGGCUCUCACACACAGCGUUAUUAUUGCUGGAGUUUAGAAAUGAACAUGUGUGUAAAGACUGGAGUCCACCUAGACAAUGUUAUACAUAAAAAAAAAGUCAAAGUGGAAGAAAUGAUAUUUGAGGCAGGGCUCCAGGAGGAUUGUGGCUGCUCGGAGUCAAGUCAGAAGAUAUUAUCUAUCUUUAUCUGUCAUUUUGCCGGGCUGUACUUCCAUCUCCGUUCAUGCUCAUUGUUUCCUUGAACGCCUGUCGAUAACCUGCACCGGGGGACGUGUGGGCAUGUGUUGAGUCAAGCAGGAUUAACUGAUGCUCUAGCUUAUACUGUAAAACAUAUCAAAACGGUUCUUUGAUUUCUGGUGCACUGCCAUGCACUUUAUUCCUCAUUUUUGCUUCCUGUAAGUUUAAGGUAUAAAGUUUCUGACUUGUCCGAAUGUUUGAUUUAUGAUGCAGUCUAAUUGAUAUCUGCAGCAUUACUGUUGUGUUUUUAAAUUUAUGACAAAUUCCUUUGAAGGACCAAAGGGGAAAAAGACAGAACAGAACAGUACAAAUGAUUUGUUGAUCCAGGUUUGACAGAUAUUGUAAUUACUGAUUGAUUAGUCAUAUAGUGACUGAUGAAAAGCAAUUCCCUGUAUUUUGAAAUGUUUUGGUGCGCCGUGUAGCCCAGAGAAGAAUGCUGAUGAGAGCGUUGUGGUCUUGCAGAUCAUUAUCGGGGUAUUUGUUUGGGUGAAAUAUUACAGCAGUGCACGGUAUUGACUUAGCAACAACAAUGCACAAACAGUGCACAAAUACAACCACGCUCCACCUGCUAAUUCGGACGGCAACAACUCUAUAUGCUGCCACAUUCCUGAAAUGGAGUUGAUGAAAAUAUCCUAGUGUGGACAGCACAAACAAGCAGAUGACGAGGGCCAAAAACAGAAUUGCAAAUAUCCUGCCGGCAAACAUCCAGCUAUAUGAUUGGUUUUCUUCAUGUUCCUGUAAAGUCUGUGUAGACUGUGAAGGGUCAGCUCUCUUGGCAGGCGUGAAAUUCUGAUUUACAUCUGUCACUGCACGCACUUUUUCGAACAUAACACGAAUGCAAUGUUCUCCUCAUGUUUGCCAAAGGUUGCAGCCUAAUUUAGAAGGUAUCAGAGCAACAUUGAUGGCACUUUUUAUGUUUUUUUUUUGUUCGUGCUAUUGCUUCAUUUUCCAUUACAUGAGGUUAAAGAAAUCAAUAGAUUGCCAUUUAAGAUUUUUUUCAGCAACUUUGUAGGGCUUUCCAUUUGUUUGUGUUUCAUGGUAAUGUGCUGAUAUUGUACACUGCAUCCCUAAGAUUGUCCCCAUUUCACACAAUAGCAGUUCAACUGACACUGUGGAAAUAUGGUGGUAGAUGACCACAAUGUAUCCCCCUGGACCUCAAAUUGUUCUCAAAGUGACAUUUUCAUCAGCUUUCAAAAAUAAAGUUUGU